UCCAUCUCCUCCUCUCUCUUUUCUUUUUCUCUCAAAAUUCUCGUUUGUAACUUUUUUUGUUUUCUCACAGCUUUCUUCAAACCCUCCCAAAGUGCUCCCAUAAACCCCCUCCUUCCCUCUCUCUCCCUCUCUCACACACAAUCUCCUUUCCCCUGCACAGCCUUCUAAUCAAACUACCCCUCGAUUAUAACUAUAUUACCAUCCUGCCCCACCCUGCCUCCCCUUCUCUCCGACUUAUUCUUAUUCUCACUGCCCGAAAUACCCUCUGAAGCCUCUAAAUUACCUUCUCCCUCAUUUCCACGUCGGGCCGGAUUCAAUCCGGAAUCAAAUGAUAGCUCCGAGGACAUUGUUCCUUCGAUUCUUCUAGAAUAUUCUGUUUUCCGUCAAAUUGCUUCUCAAGUUGUUUGACUGCUUCAUUUGGUUAGAGUUUGGAACUUUGCAUGCUGUAAAGGAACACAGAAAUAUUAUUUAUUUCAAAACAAUCCAAUGGAGCUGAAAGUUGCAUCGCCUAAGCUUGGUGGUCCUUCUCCUCCUGAUUGUGUUAGUGAUCCUGAGGAGAAGGAAGUCAGCGAUGAGGAUGAUGAUGAUCGCAACCAUAAGCAUCGUAGGCGGGAGACACGCUCUCAAUCAUUAGAGACAGACUGUACAGAUCCAGUUUUUACAAGGCCAUACAGAAAGCGUAAUAAACCUUUGGAAAAUGGGCAUCCUUUCAGAGAAAAUGAAUCUCAAGCUGGUGAAACGUGGAAAAAUUAUAACAGUUUGCCUCUAGACAAAGACUUGACGUCUAAGUUUGAUAGAAGGCGCCCUGGAUUAGCAACACUUCCCCGAGGACAUUUGGAUCUGAACCAGAGAAUUAGGUCAAACCAAACAUUUAGCGGAGAUUCUGGUCCUGGUAGGGGAAGAGGAAGGGAUAGCUCUUCUUGGAAUCAGCGUGAUUCUAGGUUCAACUCAGUUGAUAUUGCUUCUCAGAUGGUUCAGCCUAGAUCUGUUGCUUCUGGUCUCUUUGCAGGAAGGGGAUUGUCAAAUGUUACAAAUGCACAAAGCCCAUCUUGGAGUGCCUUUGGGCUUAUGUCAGGAAUACCAAAUGGCGGCCUAGAUACACUGCAUCCUAUUGGUUUACAAGGGGCGCUCAGGCCACCUAUGAAUUCUUCAUUGAAUAUGGGUAUUCCUCGCCAAAGGUGUAGAGACUUUGAGGAGCGUGGAUUUUGUUUAAGAGGAGACAUGUGCCCAAUGGAGCAUGGUGUUAAUCGUAUUGUUGUUGAAGAUGUUCAGAGUCUGUCACAGUUUAACCUCCCUGUUACAGUUCCAAAUGCACAACUACUGGCAACACCUGGACCUGGACCACUACCUUCAGGUGUUCCUCCUUCAACCACUUCGAUGAACAGCAAGGGGAUACAUAGCAAAAGUAGCAAGACUGGAAUGGCUGAUGAUGUUUUAGGUUUGAAUGGUACAUAUACUGGUUCUACCGGUGCAAGUGGUGCUGAUUUAUAUGAUCCUGAUCAACCCUUGUGGAAUAACAAUGGCCCAGAAGCAUCCACUGCACUCUCAGGACUACAUUCACCCAAGCUUGAUGAAACCGAACCCUCGCUAAAUGAUGAUAUGUCUGAUCGUCAUCAUGGCAGAUUACGUGAUAGUGUUGAUAAUGAAUUGCCAAUUAGAGGCACUGGGUCACAGGGCACUAGUUUGUCCGUUUGGGGUAGAAUUGGUGGCUCAAGAAGUAGAAUAGACACAAAAGAGAAAAUCGAUCUCACAUCCUCAGACUAUCUUGAGAAUGAAACUAAGGAAGAGCAAGAAGCAUUUCCCAGCUCUCAAGGCACUUCCCGUCACACAAAGCGUAUCAGCACUGAGGAUGAUGGCUCCAAAGUUAUAGAUUCAUCAUUCAAGUCACAGACAGACGGUAUGCGUAAUAGCAGAAAACCAACUCAAAAGGCGCUUCGUACACUGUUUGUCAAUGGGAUUCCCCAGAAAAGCAACAAAAGAGAGUCUCUCCUUGCUCAUUUUCGUAAGUUUGGAGAGGUUGUUGACAUUUAUAUUCCAUUAAAUAGUGAACGGGCAUUUGUCCAGUUUUCUAGGAGGGAAGAGGCUGAAGCUGCUCUGAAGUCACCUGAUGCUGUAAUGGGUAACCGCUUUAUUAAGCUCUGGUGGGCUAAUCGGGAUAGCAUACCUGAUGAUGGUGUGAGCAGUGGCAGUGGCAUAUCAAUAACUCCACAUGGUCUAACAGCUUCUGCUAUUCCAGCGCAGACAUCAGUUGCUAAUAGAGGAAAGGAUAAUCUUCAACUUAUUCCUCAGAAGAGCAAUGUUGUCCAUGGUGCUGAUGUGCCUUCCCUGAAUUCCCCUAAGCCUGUCAGUGCGAAUGGUCCCAAGGUUCCACCUCCAUUGCAGAAAAAGUUAGAGACUCUGGAGCAGAUGAAAGAGGAACUACGCAAGAAGCAGGAAAUGCUGGAGCAGAAGCGAAAUGACUUCCGGCGCCAGUUGGACAAACUUGAGAAACAAUCUAGUGGAGUCAAGGGUGAUCUAUUGACUGAGCAAGCCGCUAAGAGGCAAAAGGUGGGAAUUGCAGCUGAUCCUGCAAAAGCUUCAACUCCAACGUCAUCUGAACCUGGUGCUUCUGCAGCAACACCAUGCACUAUAGGGAUGACAGAUAAGAACAAAUCAACAGAGAAUGUUGUGUCUCACAGUCCAAAAUCCAAUACCACUAUGGCAUUGCAGGAAGCUAUGAGCUCAAAGCUGCAGUCCCGUCCAUCAGCUCCUGCAGGGCAUCCAUUCCUGAUGAAUAGAUACAAAUUGGACAACCGGCCUACUGCUUUUAGAGUUCUUCCACCAUUGCCUUCUGGUCUUGCAGAUGUUCAUGUUUUGAAGGAGCACUUCUUACAAUACGGUGAUCUUUUUGCUGUGGAGCUAGAAGAAGUGGGAAAUGAUGGUGAUGGUUUGGGAACAGAGGCUUUUAAGAACUGCUCAGCUCUUUUAACUUACAGCACACGCCGGGCAGCAGAGAGGGCAUUUGUAAAUGGUAAAUGCUGGCAAGGCAGCAAUUUGCAGUUUACAUGGUUGACAUCUACUAGCAAUGACCCUAGUAGUAAAGAAACUUCAUCUUCCACACCCAAGGGGUCUUUAGAUGCUGACGUUCAGAGAGAAGAAAAAUUAGCAUGCAGCAUCUCCCACGAAGUUGUUGGUUCAGGUAAUGGGGAAUCCGAGAAUUCAGAAGGAAAGAGUUUUGUUGAGCAUAUGGAAUUGUUUGAAGAAGUUUCACAGCAUAGUCCAUCCUCAACAUCUAGUGAGAAAGAGUCGCACAAAGGUGAUGCUUGUUGA